UCCUAAACAAAUAAACUUAUUUACUGUAGUCAAGGUAGCGUUGGGAGGGUUAUUGAACUGCCCUAAACGUGCAAGAAGUCUGCAAUCAUGGUUAGAAAUUGUUUUUUUCUUGAGGCAUUUCUUUAAUAAUUAUGUUUCAGGCACCAAAGAAGAAGGGUAAAGGUGGCAAAAGGAAAUCUGGUGGUUCGUCUAGCAUGGUGGACAGUGUUGGCACAGCAGAGAUGAGCAAGGAGCAACUUGAGGCUCAUGCCAAUCGCCUCCGCCUCGAGAUAGAACGAGAGCGAGAGGAGCGCAAUUUCUUUCAGCUUGAACGGGACCGAAUCCAAAUUUUCUGGAAUAUAACUCGCCAACAACUAGCUGAGAAACUGGCUGAAUUAAGGAACAAAGACCGAGAGAUGGAGGAAGCGGAAGAAGCGCACCAAAAUGCAAUUAAAGCUCUGAAGCAACAGCUACACAACGUCAUGUACGAGCAACAGUUGCAAUUGACUGAACUAAAAACGGAAAAUAUGGUGGCACUUAAGCUGGAGCAGGAUGAAUAUGCUCGACGGGAAGAACUGCUUGUGCAGGACAAAAGGGAUCUUCAGCGCCUGCUUAAAGAAAAUGAGCUACAAACCCAAGAUAGGAUCCGACAGCUCAAACUUCUUAACUCCAAGGAGCAAGCAGAGUUACGAGCUGAACAUGAGAACAAAAUCAGCAGUCUUCAAGCAAAAAGCCAACAGCAUUUGGACAAAGUCCGCCAAGAGCUGCGCCAGUGGGCAAAUAAAGAGUUUGUGCAGUUGGAGCAGAGCAAAGACCAGGAAAUGUGUGCGGUACGCACCACUCAGGAGCAGGCGCUGGACAGCAUGAAGGAGUACUACAAAAAUGUUAUUGCUAGCAACAUGGCCCUGAUUGCCAACAUGAAGAUGGAGCUGUCAGACUCUAGGAAAAAAGAGAGUCGUUUGGAGCAGCAACUGGUUAAGGCCAAGGCUGAGGAUCUGAGUGGGCCAUUACAGAGUGCACAAACGCAACUGGAAGAAUAUUUCAAACAUUUUUCAAAUUACCAGAAUGAUAAGGAGUUGCUUGAGAAAACAUGGCAAAGACAAAAGCUCCUGCAGCAGAAACACUCCACUCUCAAACGGGAGCAUAACGACUUGCAGGUGCAGCGAGACAACUUCGAAGCUGAAGUCAAACAGUUGAAACAGCGUUUACUGACACUUGAGACCGAAAAAAACGUUGGCGCUGGCCUUUUAUCUUUAGUUCAGCAGCACAAGCUCAAAAGUUUAAGCUCUCAGCUGGAGGUGCGGCAGGCACAGCUUAACCAAAUUCUGGCAUCCUGCCAUGCCGACCCUUGUGAGGCUUCUGAAAGCUCAAAAAAACUUGAGGACCUGUUAAAGAAGAAGGACAGUGCCAUUUCGCGGCUUCAGUUUGAGCUUGCAAAGGCGUGCAAGGCACAUAACGAAUUGUUAGCCGCAUUUAAAACACGCCUCCGCGAGUUUGGGUUGCCAUGUAAGGACUUGGACCUCUCACCCCUUCAACCAGCGCCUUUCUGCCCGGCUAUUCGCUCUAGAGCAUCAACCCACGCCCUUAAAUCCAAUUAAGUUCUGACUAAGUUUAAUCUAUGAUUAUAUCAUUUGAAAAUAUUUUUCUUAUCAAACAUACAUAUUCAUGCAACAUUUGAUUUUAUUAUGUGAGCACUAAAAUAAAAUAA